AUGGGCGCAUCGCUGCAGGAAUCUUCAGGACAAAUUACUCUGGUAGAAAUGCGUCAAGACGCCUCAAGACGCCUCAAGACCCCUCAAGACGCCUCAAGACCCCUCAAGACGCCUCAAGACGCCUCAAGACCCCUCAAGACGCCUCAAAGCAUCCCAUCCUUGAGAAAGAACUUCUCUUUCAUUGAGGGUUCUUGUCAACAAUCAGGUCUCGAACUACAGCAAGUUUCAGACGAGCGUUCAAACUGUCGAGAAGCUCACCACAGGGCCCAUCACCAAAAGGCCCAGUGGUCCACAGCCAAAUACGACGAUUUGUUCACCAAGACUCGUAUUCGUAUCAUCACGACAUGCUACGGGCUUUCACCGCCCCCACACCCGUGCAUACCACCACCCGUGCAUACCACCACCCGUGCAUACCACCACCCGUGCACACCACCACCCACACACCAUACAGCUCCCGCUUCCCGACCUUGGAUCCGCACACCCGUGCACCCCUUGUCGUCCAUCCCGCUCUGA